GGCUGUGGGCGGGGCCGGGCUCCUGACGUCACCGCCCCGCCUCCUCCUCUGCUGCAAUGGUGAUCAGCUGCUCCAUCCGCAGUCACUGCAGGAGACGAUCAUGUCCGUCCGGGAGAUCCAGACUGCAGAGAGGGUCUCCACCUCCGCCUACUCCUCCCCAGCGCGGAGUUUGGGGGAUCCUGGGAUAACGCCGCUGUCGCCCUCACAUAUCAUCGCGAAAGACUCGGACAGCGGCUCAGCGGAGGAGCAGAACUUCUCGGUAGUCGUCGCCAUUGAUUUUGGCACCACGUCCAGCGGUUACGCCUACGCCUUCGCCAAAGAGCCGGAAUGUAUUCACAUCAUGAGGAGGUGGGAAGGGGGAGACCCCGGAGUGUCCACCCAGAAGACCCCGACCACCAUGCUCCUCAUGCCCGACAGGAAGUUCCACAGCUUCGGAUUCGCUGCCCGGGAUUUCUAUCAUGACCUGGACCCCAGUGAGUCCAAACAAUGGCUGUACUUCGAGAAGUUCAAGAUGAAGCUGCACAGCAGUACGGACCUGACCAUGGAGACGGAUCUAAUAGCGGCGAAUGGGAAGAAGGUGAAGGCGCUGGAGGUUUUCGCUUAUGCUCUGCAGUACUUCAAGGAGCAGGCGCUAAAGGAGCUGAGUGACCAGUCCGGAGAAGAGAUGGACAACAAUGAGGUCAGGUGGGUCAUCACCGUCCCCGCCAUCUGGAAGCAGCCGGCCAAGCAGUUCAUGAGGCAGGCGGCCUACAAGGCCGGGAUGGUGUCUCCGGAGAACCCUGAGCAGCUUAUCAUCGCGCUGGAGCCGGAGGGGGCGUCCAUCUACUGCCGCAAACUGCGCCUCCACCAGAUGAUCGACCUGAGCAACAAAGCUGCCAUCAACGGGUUCAGCCCCACCGAUCCAGCUAAGGAUCACGUUCGUCGAAAUCGGCAGAGCCGGAUUUUCAUGGUGGAAAAUGUCAUCGGGGAACUGUGGGCGGAGCUUGAGGAAGGGGAUCGGUAUGUGGUGGUGGACUGCGGGGGAGGCACCGUAGACCUGACCGUCCACCAGAUCCGCUUACCGGAAGGUCACCUAAAGGAACUAUACAAGGCGUCAGGGGGGCCCUACGGCUCGCUCGGGGUGGAUUACGAGUUCGAGAAACUUUUGUGCAAAAUUUUCGGAGACGACUUCAUCGACCAGUUCAAGGUGAAGCGCCCGGCCGCCUGGGUCGACCUCAUGAUCGCCUUCGAGUCACGAAAAAGAGCGGCGGCGCCCGACAGGACCAACCCGCUGAACAUCACCUUACCCUUCUCCUUCAUCGACUACUACAAAAAGUUCAGAGGUCACAGCGUGGAGCACGCCCUGCGCAAGAGCAAUGUGGACUUUGUGAAGUGGUCGUCUCAGGGGAUGCUGCGCAUGAAUCCGGACGCCAUGAACGCUCUAUUCAAGCCGACCGUGGAUCAUAUAAUCGAUCACUUGUCCGACCUCUUCCAGAAGCCGGAGGUGAGCGGAGUGAAGUUCCUCUUCCUGGUGGGGGGUUUUGCGGAGUCGCCCCUUCUGCAGCAGGCUGUACAGAAAGCCUUCGGAGACAAGUGCCGCGUCAUCAUCCCCCACGACGUGGGUUUAACCAUCCUUAAAGGAGCCGUCCUAUUCGGCCUGGAUCCCGCCGUCAUCAAAGUCCGGCGCUCCCCAAUGACGUACGGCGUGGGCGUCCUGAACCGGUACGUGGAAGGAAAACACCCGGCAGAGAAGCUCCUGCUGAAGGACGGCACGCGGUGGUGCACCGACGUCUUCGAUAAGUUCAUCCUGGUCGACCAAUCGGUGGCUCUGGGGGAGACGGUGAAACGCAGCUACACGCCAGCCAAGCCCUCCCAGCUCUUGAUCAUCAUCAACGUCUACAGCUCGGAGAAGGAAGACGUCAACUUCAUCAGCGACCCCGGAGUGCGCAAGUGCGGCACGCUACGGCUCGACCUGACCGGGGUGGAGGGCUCGCCGGCCCUGACCCGCAGGGAGAUUCAAACCAUCAUGCAGUUUGGGGACACUGAGAUCAAGGCCACCGCCAUUGACGUUGCCACCUCUAAAAGCGUAAAAGUCAACAUUGAUUUCUUAAAUUAGACUCCGCCCCCUUUCUCUGCCUUCUUGUGACUUUUGCUCCAGCACUGGCUCAGGCCUCUGUUCUUAAAGGAGCCCUUCACUACCAGCGCCUCUGGAUCAGGUGAUCGACGGGAUCUGAUGGCGGCUGUCAUGGCCAAUAUUGUCCGGUCCAAGGGAGACGCCACUGCGCAACCAGAAACGCCAGCAGUGAAGAUCGCCUUAAACCGUUUUAUGGUAACAAUUCCAGGUCGACAAGGACAUCGCCCCAGCAACAUACAGAACAGUACACAAUGGCGCCAAAUGUUCACCACCACCAUUCACUAU